CAAAGCAAAAAUGUCUGCCUAAGGGAAACUCGUAACUGAUAUAUAUAGAGGAUAUUCCCCCAGUAAUUGCUGUUUAAACCCACAUUUCGCUGUUCUGAGGCGUCUUUUCAGAAAACGACUCUUCACCAGAUCACCCUAGUCGGGAUUUUAAUCGGAAAACAGCUUUCUAGAUCGCCAGGAUGAACCCCCAGCAGCGGAUUGCCGCUCUCGGAACUGACAAGGAACUAAGUGACCUGCUGGACUUUAGUGCGAUGUUCUCUCCACCUGUAAGCGGAGGGAAAAAUAGGCCUACCACACUUGGAAGCAGUCAGUUCAGUGCAUCAGGUAUGGAUGAGCGGACCACCCAAGCAUCUUGGACCCCAGGUGGCGAGUCCAGUCCUUCCUAUGAGUCCAGUCCUUCUUAUGAGUCCUCACGGGGCUUCGCAGACAGCCCUCAUUACAGCGAUCAUUUGAGUGACAGUCGAUUAGUGUCCCAUGAAGGAUUGUCCCCAACACCUUUUAUGAACUCAAACAUAAUGGGUAAAUCAGAGAGGGCUUCGUUUCUUGGAUAUGGCAGGGAUCCUGCGGCAUCUGGCUGCCAGCCUUCUGUAAGGACAGACAUUGGGUUGGCGAGUCCGAGUUCAGUGACUACGUCAGGGAAGUCUGCUACUCCUUUCUUCUCCUUCACUGCAGCCAAUCCAAGAAGACGUUCUCUGCCAGACCCUCCAGCCAUCGAUCCUCUCCAAACAAAAAAGGUUCGCAAGGUCCCUCCUGGCCUGCCUUCAUCUGUGUACGCACCAUCUCCAAACUCAGAAGACUUCAACAGAGAUUCACCUUCGUACUCUUCUCCAAAACCCUCCAGCAGUAUGUUUGCAAGCACUUUCUUCGAUGGUACCCACAGUUCGUCUGACCCGUGGAAUUCGUCCAAUGGCAUCAGUCAGCCCGGCUACGGGGGAAUACUCGCAGGAUCUUCAUCUCACAUGCCACAGUCAGGAAACUACAGCAGCCUGCACUCACACGACCGUUUGAAUUACCCCGCACACUCAGUCUCUCCAGACAUCAAUGCCAGUCUUCCUCCCAUGUCCAGCUUCCACAGAAGCAACACCAGCACUUCACCAUUCGUCACUGCGGCACACACCCCGUCCGUCACCUCGGCCGAUGGGAUCAUGGCUGCUGCAAAUCGGGGGACUGCCACUGGAAGCUCGCAGACUGGAGACGCACUGGGCAAGGCUUUAGCCUCGAUUUACUCACCUGACCACACUAGCAGUAGUUUUCCAUCCAAUCCGUCGACACCUGUGGGUUCUCCUUCACCUCUAACAGCCACAGCAGGUGCAGCCUCAGCAGGUACAGUGGUGACUGCUGCUGGCACCCCGUCUGGAAGGCCAGGUACCAACCAGUGGCCCCGUGUUGGUGGGCAGACCCCCUCCUCCCCAAAUUAUGAGAACUCCCUUCACUCACUGAAAAACAGAGUUCAUCAGCAGUUACAUGAGCAUCUCCAGGAUGCCAUGUCUUUCUUAAAGGAUGUCUGCGAGUCUCGAAUGGAGGAUCGCCUGGACAGAUUGGAUGAUGCAAUCCUUGUUCUGAGGAACCACGCAGUGGGCUCCACCGCCAGUCUGCCCAGCGACAUACACAGUCUGCUGGGACAGGCACAAAAUGGGCCAAUAACAGCCAUUGGACCAAAUUUUCCUGCCUCUGCAUUGGUUCCAAGUCGGACUGCAGCGAUGCAGGGCGGCGACGAUGCUGCCAGCCUGAACAACAGCCACGGAGGCCUGCCCAGCGCCGGCUCGACAUCCAGCACAGAACUCAAUCACCAAGUGGAAACGUUCAGAGGUCUUACUUCAGGCCUUCCAGCAACCCUGGAGCUGAAGGUGGAGAAACAGGACAAGGAUGAGAUGCUCGACAGCAUCUCCACCGAUAACAAGUCAGAUGACGAGAGUGACAGAAGAGAUAUGAAGACACCCAGAGCAGGCCCACGCACAAGCAUCACCGAAGACGAGGAUCUGAAUCCCGAGCAGAAGGCUGAACGGGAGCGCGAGAGGAGGAUGGCUAACAACGCUCGCGAACGCCUGAGGGUGCGAGACAUCAACGAGGCUUUCAAAGAGCUGGGUCGCAUGUGCCAGCUGCACCUGAAAAGCGAGAAGCCCCAGACUAAACUGCUCAUCCUCCAUCAGGCUGUGGCUGUCAUACUUAGCUUGGAGCAGCAAGUCAGAGAGAGAAAUCUGAACCCCAAAGCAGCCUGCCUUAAGAGAAGGGAGGAAGAAAAAGUGUCUGGGGGCUCCAGUGAUGCCCAACCAGCCCACACAGGAGUCCAUCCAGGCCUGACCGACACAUCCAACCCCAUGGGCCACCUCUGAGACAGAUCAGAGCGAUGCAGAUCAUUUCUGUCCCGUCUGAGUCGGUGACCUUGCUUCCCAGUGACAGACAGGACUCGCAGUUUGUGACACCAAUUGGAGGAGACAGACCACUUGAAGCAAAACGACGAGUCUAACACAGUCCACUCCUAAGAUUGAAGUAGAGCCAAGCGUCCAGCUCCCUGUGACCAGAUUCCAUUUGCAAAUUUCUCCCCCACAAGAAAAAAAUCUUCAACACAUAUCACUGUCUGCAAGAAGUGUGUUGCUUCUGAACAAUCAGAGACUUCGCAAUCUCCUCCAACCGUAUGUGGAAAUUGCCUUGUGCCUAAACUAAAUUGACGAAUGCAUUGUAACAGCAAUUGUUUUUAUUUGUCUGUUUCUUUGUUUUUUUUCCUAUUUAUUAUGUUAUUGAGCUAUAAAGUGUAUGUCUAAAGGGAAAGUUAGGUCAAUACAAAGAGAAGCAUGCGGCUUUUCAGUCGAUCUAUAGUUUGCCAGUGUCGCCAUCAACCCUGAGCACUCCACCCCGGGAAAAUCUUUGAGUCUGAGAUUGGGGGAAAAAUGUUAGAGAUUAAUUUAUUGGCCAGUUUAGACUGAUAUUUAUACCCAACUGAAAAUCAUCACGAGCUGAAAAACAAAAGCACCCGUUUUUUAAAUAUAAAUUUUAAAAAAAAUGAUAUAUUAUUUAUAUUUUUGUUUUCCUCGUUCUGCCACUGGCCACACGUGAAACCAAAACUACCUAUGUUUGUUUCUGAGCAGUUUAGAUCUGUCUCUGUGCUACUGACCGGCAGGUAACAGGUCCAGCUACGAUAGCGUCAACAGCACGGGAGGUGACGCACAAACGGCAAACUGUAGCUUCACUGAAGGCUCAGAUUUAAUUGUUUUUUUUUGUUUGUUUUUUCCCAGUAGUGAGCAGUGAAAAUACAGAGGGCAAACUUUUUGCAAACCUUAGCAUUCCCUGCGUAUUUUAGUGUCUUAACUAAAGGAAGAGGCAACUCCAGCGCCCUCGCUUCCCUUUGCCAUAUAGUGUUAAACGUAAGCAGUGGCGUAUGUUUGCAGAUUCUUCCUCCGGACGUCAGCACAGAAGUGUUGGCUGUGUUGGCACAGAAGUGGCUUUUUUUCUUUUGAAAAUGUGUUAUUAUUUUCUUGUUUCUGCCACCAGCUAAUCAGAGAUCUCCUAAUGAAGACGUUCAAAAAAAACAAAAGUAGAAAAACACGCAAAAAAACCCCAAACAACACAAAACGACGACCACAGUUUCUCCUGGCCUGAUCAAACAUAUCAAUUUUCUUUCUGUUAAUAUCUCAAGACAUUAAAUUCUAAUAAGCGCAGUUACUCCUGACUAAAAUUUAGUUAUGCUUAUUUGUUGUAACAAGUCCUUUCUGUCCAGCAUUAUAAUUUCCGGUUUUUAGCUAGCAGAGAAAAUCUGUAAGUUAUUUUCAGUGAUGUUUUGAUGGAAGCCAUGCUAUUCUCAGUAUGGCAAAGCAGACUGAACAUUUCAUGGAUUAUUCUGAGUAUCAUUGAACUGUAGCAUGAUCAUGAUAAUGAGGAUGAUGAUGAUGAACAAAAGCAGGAUUUUUCUUUUUUAUGUUCCAAGACAUCGGUCAUGGCUUUAUUUCUUUUUCCCUAUCCGUGUGCAUGCGUUACGUUUUCCUUUUUUUGAGUCUUUUCGGUCUUAAGACUUGCUUUAUAUUCCAUUUAUUUCUUUGUAUAUUGCGUUCUAUCAUUAUUUACACCUUAAACAAGGCUGCCGCAUUCAGAACGAGUAUUCUGUACGAUAAAGGGACUUUGAUUAGAAUAAAGGAUGAUGAGUUUACAAUUUAACAACCUCAUUUUAGUGAAGAAGAAUCCAAAAAGAGAGAGACCUGGUCGGUUGUGGUGUGUUCUCUGACUGAAUGAGGCCUUGUUCAUCAUUUCAGUAUUCAUGAUCCUGUAUUCAUGUCGGCAGACUUUGAGGGUAUAAUGUGUGUCACUUCCGGCUCGCUUCCCUUCAUUUGUUUUCUUUCUUUCUUUUAAACUUCCCGUUCUUCCUGUAUUUCUUUGCUCCUCUGUUUGCCAAGUUAAACUUUGCUGUAUCCCCAGAUGCUUUCCCUUGUAUAAUAUAUGAAAAAAAAAAAAGAAAAUCAAAAGAAAAAAAAACAUUUGGCUUAUUUUUCACUGUAGUUAGUCUUUUAUACAAUAAUACUGUAAGAAUAUUUCUUGAAUUCUAAAUAUUACUCUUUCUAGAUUUUUGAAAGCAAAAGUUUUGAGUAAAAAGUUUCUUACUUUAUUUUACUAUAUUAGAUAGUAAAAUGUACGGUUAUUUACCAUAACCUGUCCAUUAUCACAAAAAAGUUACAUAUGGCAUCUCAAGAACACGGCUGAACUGCUGCUCGUAGUUUAGUACGUCAAAAAGGCUCCGUAUGAGCUCCAGAUUCCUAAAAGCGCGACCUCCAUCGUACUCCUCAGUCUCCGUUGUUGAUUGAUUGAAAAAAAAAAAAGGAAAAAAAAAAAAGAUUUGUUCUUGUGUCAAAUAAAAGGUGUUGUUGAUGCACAUUGAAAAACUGCGGCAACGAGAAUUUGAAUUUUCUGUCAUUUUCAAACAGAAAAACACGAUGUAUAUAACAUUUAUGUUGCAAUAAAUGUGCCAUCUUUUUUUAAACUCGAUCGUAUGUGCAUUUAUUUCGCUCAUCUUCCUCUCCAUAUUUACAUUUUUCCACCUUUCCAUAACCUUUGUUGUGUUUUAACGCACAGGAAGGAAGAGCUCUGAAACAAUGGGAUUCAUUUAGACUUCCUUAUCGUUUUUGUUAUUUUGUUUUUGAGACAUUUCUACAGUGGAUUUAGGCCAAAUGAGUGUUUUAUAGUAUGUAACUCUUUUUUGAAAGUAAUACCAGUGGACCAUUGUAGUCUGUAUGAAAAGUACUAUGAAUAUAUGUUUCUAUUUUUAAUAAAGUGUGAUAGCAGCGUACUGUA